CCAACUCUCUGUUUCAUCUUCUCCACCUUCUUUCUAACCCCUCGUUCCCGGCUUAAACCCUCCACGUUCAGCAGAGGUCAACCGGAAUUGGAUCAGCCAUAUGGUUUGAAAUUCUCCUGCGCCCAGCAUGGUGGAACUUGUAUCAAUGGUGGUUUUGCCCACAAGACUGGAUAAUGUUAUUGCUACCAGGCCUAAUUUUCAUUUCUCCUCCCACGUUUCUGGAAUAUGCCGUUUCCCAUUCCCCACUAGUGCAAUUGUUCCCUAUGUAAAAGAAUCCGUGCCACGCCUCUGCCCUCAAGCCUCGCUUCGCGCUUCUACUUCUUUCUCCAAAAAUUCUGUUGGUAAAGAAAGCAGUUCUGUUUUAGUUUCUUCCAUUGAACCAAUACCAAAGAUUGACAAGAGUGGGAGAUUUUGUAGCCCCAGAGCUGCUAGAGAGCUUGCUUUGUCAAUUAUUUAUGCAUCUUGUUUAGAAGGCUCUGAUCCAGUUCGACUCUUUGAGAAGCGGUUGAAUGCUCGUCUAGAACCGGGAUAUGAAUUUGACAAGACAUCAUUGAUGGAAUACAAUCAUAUGAGCUUUGGUGGGCCGCCAGUUACUGUGGAAACAGCUGAAGAAGCAGAUGAGCUUCUACGUAAGGAUGAAAAGGAUUCUGCAAUCGAGGCAGAAGUCCUUGCGGCCCCUCCAAAGGUUGUCUACAGCAAACUGAUCUUACGGUUUACACGAAAACUUUUGGUUGCAGUUGUGGACAGAUGGGACAGUCACGUGCUUAAAAUUGAUAAAGUCAUUCCUUCAACUUGGAAGGACAAGCCAGCAGGACGGAUUCUGGAACUUUCUAUUCUUCACCUGGCUAUGUCUGAAAUAACGGUGGUUGGAACAAGGCAUCAGAUUGUGAUUAACGAGGCCGUCGAUCUUGCAAAACGAUUCUGCGACGGAGCAGCACCUCGAAUUAUUAACGGGUGCCUUAGGACCUUUGUGAAGGACAUCCAAGAAACUGAUUCUACUCAUGCUCGUGUGAAGGAAGUAGUCAGUACAUGACUCUAAACUCUUGGGGUGGCUCAGGACCUUUAUAAGAUAUCAAAAAUUUUGACUCAACUCGUGCUCUAGAGAAGCAAGAAGUGACUCUGAAAGUGGUGAGUCGUUAAGAUGCUGUUGGCCGGAUGGAUAAGGAAUUAGAGGGCACUUCCCUUCCAUGGAAAUGGAGUACUACGGAGUUUUAGAUGUGUAAUUCUUCUAGGGAGAUAGUUCCUACAAAAGACUUCGGUUAAGUGUAUCAACUUUACCUCCUAAGUUUUAAUUUUAUCAAAUGAAAAUCUGGACUUAGAACA